GGGGAAUUGUUUGGGGGUGGGUGGGGGGCGCCGCUCAGCCCCAGGUACUGCCUGAGCUGGGAGCCACGGCGUCUUCCGGGCGCAGCCGGGUUAGCUGUUCCGAGUCACCGCUGCUAGGCUCCAGGGUGGGGGAGGGAAGAAGCCGGAGCCGCCGCAAGCCACACGUGAAGGAAAAGCCCAAGAAGUAAAGAAACUUUUACAGUAAUUGUUGAUUUGGCUAUUAUGCUGAUCCCCCGAAUCAAAAAAAGCUGCUGAAACUUAGAAGCUGAUUUUGUCACAGUGUAAGAUGCCUUUGGAAGAUUCUGCAUUCCUCUUAGAUGAAUCUUUACAACUUGUGCAUAAAUACUGAGUGUCAUUUUGAUGAAAUUUUAUGAAGUCAACACUCGUUUAACCAAUACCAAGAUCAAGAUAUAGAACAUUUUCAUCAAUCCAGGAGCCUCCUUCAUGCCCCCUGACAGUCAUCACGCACUCCCAAAGAAUUCUGAGACUGAUGGUCAGCCAUACAGAAGAAUACAUUGAACUUACAGUUUCCUGAAGAAUCAGUUCAAAAGAUCCCCAAAAUACAAAAGAGUCAUAAUAAUGUUAACUCUGGAUAUAACCACCUAGCCAAAAUCACGGUAUUGGAAAUUUGGGCAAGCGUGCGUGUAUAUGAGGAGAAGUACAAAUGUCUACUACAAGACGAAAACGUAAUAUGUUAUGUUGUUUACCGUAAGCUGUAGUAAAAUGAGCUCACUUGUUGACAGAGACGAUGGUAGUAUUUUUGAUGGGUUGGUGGAAGAAGAUGACAAGGACAAAGCAAAAAGAGUAUCUAGAAACAAAUCUGAAAAGAAACGUAGAGAUCAGUUUAAUGUUCUCAUUAAAGAACUGGGAUCCAUGCUUCCUGGGAAUGCUAGAAAGAUGGACAAAUCUACUGUUCUACAGAAGAGCAUUGAUUUUUUACGAAAACAUAAAGAAAUCACUGCACAGUCAGAUGCUAGUGAAAUUCGACAGGACUGGAAACCUACAUUCCUUAGUAAUGAAGAGUUUACACAAUUAAUGCUGGAGGCUCUUGAUGGUUUUUUUUUAGCAAUCAUGACAGAUGGAAGCAUAAUAUAUGUGUCUGAGAGUGUAACUUCAUUACUUGAACAUUUACCAUCAGAUCUUGUGGAUCAAAGUAUAUUUAAUUUUAUCCCAGAGGGGGAACAUUCAGAAGUUUAUAAAAUACUCUCUACGCAUCUGCUGGAAAGUGAUUCAUUAACCCCUGAAUAUUUAAAAUCAAAAAAUCAGUUAGAAUUUUGUUGUCAUAUGCUUCGAGGAACAAUAGACCCAAAGGAGCCAUCUACUUACGAAUAUGUGAAAUUUAUAGGAAAUUUCAAAUCUUUAAACAGUGUAUCCACUUCAGCACACAAUGGUUUUGAAGGAACAAUACAACGCACACACAAGCCUUCUUAUGAAGAUAGAGUUUGUUUUGUAGCUACUGUCAGGUUAGCUACACCUCAGUUCAUCAAGGAAAUGUGCACUGUUGAAGAACCUAAUGAAGAGUUUACAUCUAGACAUAGCUUAGAAUGGAAGUUUCUAUUUCUAGAUCACAGGGCACCACCCAUAAUAGGAUAUUUGCCAUUUGAAGUUCUGGGAACAUCAGGCUAUGAUUACUAUCAUGUGGAUGACCUAGAAAAUUUGGCAAAAUGUCAUGAGCACUUAAUGCAAUACGGGAAAGGCAAAUCAUGUUACUAUAGGUUCCUGACCAAAGGACAACAGUGGAUUUGGCUUCAAACUCAUUAUUAUAUCACUUAUCAUCAGUGGAAUUCAAGACCAGAGUUCAUUGUUUGCACUCACACCGUAGUAAGUUAUGCAGAAGUUAGGGCUGAAAGACGACGAGAACUUGGCAUUGAAGAGUCUCUUCCAGAGACAGCUGCUGACAAAAGCCAAGAUUCUGGGUCUGAUAAUCGUAUAAAUACGGUCAGUCUCAAGGAAGCAUUGGAAAGGUUUGAUCACAGCCCAACUCCUUCUGCUUCCUCCCGGAGUUCAAGAAAAUCAUCUCAUACUGCAGUCUCAGACCCUUCCUCUACACCUACAAAGAUCCCAACGGAUACUAGCACUCCUCCCAGACAGCAUUUACCAGCUCAUGAAAAGAUGGCACAAAGGAGGUCAUCAUUUAGUAGUCAGUCCAUAAAUUCCCAGUCUGUUGGUCAGUCAUUAACACAGCCAGUGAUGUCUCAAGCUGCAAAUUUACCAGUUCCACAAGGCAUGUCCCAGUUUCAGUUCUCAGCUCAGUUAGGAGCCAUGCAGCAUCUGAAAGACCAGUUGGAGCAACGGACUCGGAUGAUAGAGGCAAACAUUCAUCGGCAACAAGAAGAACUAAGAAAAAUUCAAGAGCAGCUUCAAAUGGUCCAUGGUCAAGGGCUUCAGAUGUUUUUACAACAGUCAACCCCUGGAUUGAAUUUUGGUUCUGUUCAACUUUCUUCUGGAAAUUCAUCUAAUAUCCAGCAGCUUGCACCUAUAAAUAUGCAAAGCCAGGUUGUUCAGACUAACCAAAUUCAAAGUGGGAUGAAUACUGGACACAUUGGCACAACUCAGCACAUGAUACAACAGCAGACUUUACAAAGUACAUCAAGUCAGCAGAAUCAACAGAAUGUACUGAGCGGGCACAGUCAGCAAACAUCUCCUCCCAGUCAGACACAGAGCACUCUUACAGCCCCACUGUACAACACUAUGGUGAUUUCUCAGCCGACGGCCGGAAGCAUGGUCCAGAUUCCAUCUAGUAUGCCACAGAACAGUUCCCAGAGUGCUGCAGUAACUACAUUCACUCAGGACAGACAGAUAAGAUUUUCUCAAGGUCAGCAGCUUGUGACCAAGUUAGUAACUGCUCCUGUAGCCUGCGGGGCGGUCGUGGUGCCCAGCGCUAUGCUCAUGGGUCAGGUGGUGACUGCCUACCCUACCUUUGCUCCACAACCACCGCAGUCACAGACACUGCCGGUCCCACAGCAGCAGCAGCAGCAGCAGCAGCAGCAGCAGAGUUCCCAGGAACAGCAACUCCCUGCAGUGCAGCAGCCGCCGCAGGCGCAGCUGGCUCAACCGCCGCAGCAGUUUUUACAGACUUCUAGAUUGCUCCACGGGAACCCUUCAACUCAGCUUAUCCUCUCUGCUGCAUUUCCACUACAGCAGAGCACUUUCCCUCAGUCACAUCACCAGCAACACCAGUCUCAGCAACAGCAGCAACUGAAUCGGCGCAGGACUGACAGUUUGACUGAUCCUUCCAAGGUUCAACCACAGUAGCACACACGCUUCCUUUCUGCCCUCAAGGGAGGAAGGGGGUGGCCCAUAAAAGAGUUGCUCGGAUGAUCUGAGGAUAGCAUGAAAAGUUCCAGUGGUUUCAUGAGAUGCAGUAUUGAGUGUUCUAGUUCCUGGAAUUAGUUAGCAGAGAAAAUGCUGCCUCGUGCUGCGGAUGUGCAUUAAAUACCAGCCAGCAGGAGAUGAUCAUAGGGCCAUAGCCAAUCCUGACAGUGUUUUACUUGCCCAGAUAUUUUUUGAUGGAAAAAGAGUAUAUUGCCAAAUGUUAAGAAACUCAGCUAUGAAACAUGACCUCCAGUGAAUAAGAAAGGCACUAACAAUGUUAGUAACUUUGAGUGGUUCUGUGCCUGUUUUCAAGUGUUACAGAGGAUACACCACUGCCAUGUCAGGGGUUUGCUUACAAUGAUGCCAUGAAGACAGUCCAGUAGACUCAGUAGGCCCCCUUCCCCAACCCCUCUCCCUUUUCGGAUAAUGAUGGAAUAGUAAUUAAUUUCAGAAUGUUGUAUGAGUUUAAAUUCUCUAUGUACAGACGCUGUAAAAAUAAUAUUAUGUAUAUGUCUGGAUAAAAGGAGAGAAAGCAAAACAUUUUGUAUGCUGCAUGAAAGCAUUAUCUCAUUUAGGUAUGAGUAGUUUCCUUAGAUUCUGACACCAUGUGCAAACUAAUACAUCCUCUUCUCUCUUUUGUUUACCAUACAGUAGUGUUCUCUUCAGUUUCCGGGGCACAAGUCUUUUUAUGUUCAUACUUUGGCUGUGAUGUCACAGUUUGUUCAGUGAGGUAUGAUGUGCUGCUGGGAAUGGAUUUUUUUUUUCAGGUUAAAUUAUUUGAAACAGGAUUUUCAAGUUACUCAGAAAUAUCCCUCAUUUCAUUAUUUUUCAAUUAUGUUUGAAAAUAGGAUUUGCACUGCUUUAUUUUAAGAUGGUUGGGAGUUUUGAUCACAUAUUUUGAUCUAGUUCAUAGUUGGAAAUAGUUGUGUAAAUGGUUUUUAACAAGCCUGAAAGUAAUUUCAAGAAUGUUUCAGUUAUAGGAGUGAAUUUGCACACAAAAUAUUUUAGGCACUUUUUAACGUUCUCACUGGUGGGAAUUUUAACUUUUAGGAUUUGUUGGAACCUUUUUAUUAUCCCCACAAUUUCAAUGCUUCUUUUAGUCAGAAAUGAUUCAGGGUUAUUUGAGGAAAAAAAAAACAAAAAAAAACAACCCAUUGUGCCUUGAUUUUGAUUCAGGUGAUAACUCACCAUCUUGAGCUCAUCGUCUGGUUUCAGUAGCAGUUUUGAAAUCUUGGUACAUUUUUAAUAGCAUGUGGGUGUCAGUGCCAUUAAGUUUCUAAUGAAGACUGCUUUGAGUCUCUUGGUUUAGAGGUACAAAUAAUUUCAAAAUAAAAGAUGACAUCCUAAUGAUACAUCAGAGUUACUAAUGUGAUCACAAAGUUGUUUUGCUAAAUCAUCAUUUUCCUUAAAGCUAUGUAGUCAUUUAGUAAUUACCAGUAAAUAUUUGCUCAAUGUGAUCUUAAAAUCCUGUGAAGAAAAAAGAAGGGGUAGGAAUUGGCUUUGCCUUCACUACAGCAGUAGAAUAUUGUAGCUCACAUGCUUCAUAAACAUGAACUAAGAUUUCAUUUGUUAAUACAUUCUAAAGGUAGUAAGUUCCAACCAGAAUUACGUACAUUAAAAAAAAAGCAUUUUAUAGAUUUUAUGGUACUAGUAAUUAAAUUUAUAACUACAGAACAAAGGAAAAUUAAUGGGAAAAAAUCUUAUUAGAAUAUCAAAAAUUAUUACUGAGGAAAGGGAAGACAGCAAGCUAUAAUAAAUCAAAAUUGACCUUAAAAGAAAAUGUGUAACAGAAUUGAGGUUGUUAAAUAGAAAAGAUUUCAGCAAUGAAAAUAAUCUAGUACAGAAUUGCUAGAUAAAGGAGUCAGGGGAACUCUCAGUCAGUUCUUAAGACUUUUCUGUUCUCAGCUUUGCUAUCAUCCUUAAGGGGUAUACUUUGUCUUUCUGUAGAAAACCAUGCCUGGCCACACAUAAACUAGAAAAUUAAUGUUGAAAACAACCAAAGAGACUUGGUACCUACCCUUCUACAAAAGAAGUGUUACUAGAUGCCAAUCAGUAAUUAACAUAUCAAGGAGCUCCUCUUCUAGCUAAAUGAUCAUGACUUUCUCAUGAAUGUCAAGAAUAAAUGUCGGAAUAUCUGUGUACUUGAGCAUAUGUACACGUGGACAACAUUGAUGUUGUAGAGUAUGGCAACAGUAUUUUUUUCCCCUUUCAGAUUGCCUUUCUUAACCUUAUCAUGCCAUUCCAUAUAUAUCUGAGUUGUGCCUCAUUUAUUUAUUGGCAAUAUGUAGUGAUACAGAUUUAGCAAACAAAAGAUAUGAUGAACUAUUAUAUUAAGGUUUAUUUUCUAAGUCCCAUAUGUAAAAAGAAAGAUGGUGAACCGUGAGUACUGUGUACUUAGGUUAACACAAGCAAAGUAUAAGACAAGCCACAAGGUAAAUCUGUAGACUGUUUAUGCACAUUCUCCUCCACCAGUCCCUUCAAGCAUUUUUUCAUCCUCACAAAUAUUUGGGAAAGAAAAUUAGACAAGAUUUUGCUUUAUAAUUCCUGCUGUUCCUCACAGCUCAUUUUUUUCCUGCUUAGAAUUGGUUGCUACACUUAAAGGAGCAGCUUUUCUUUUGCUGUCAGAAUGAAGUGUUGGAUCAGAAGAGCUAGUAACUGCCUCUCAGCUCCUCCUUUAACUUGGUUUCCUCCUGCUUCCCUGGAACUUGGGCUGCAGAGCAGUCCCUGUCCCCUCCUCCGUGCAUUGAGACUUGAGCAUUCUGAUGAAGAUUCAGCAGUGGCCUGUUCUUCAUUCAUUUCUGUAGCCAAAGUUGUUCAUUAAAAUCCAAAUCUAAGUCAUGAAAAAAUACCAAAUAGGAACACCUUUCAACUACUUAAAAAUCUUAUCUUCCCUCUGCUUUACUCUCAUAGAUCCUCGGUUUUUCUUAAAAAACACUUGAUUCUGGGUGGCAGUCAUUAGGUGUUACCUUCUUUGGACUGCUGUGGCACUGGGUGAGUCACUGUUGUUCUCACAGCUACCAGUGAGGACUGUAAGGGUUCAUGAAGUUGCUGCCAUGACUGGCGUCAGACCAGAACCAAGACACUCAAAAGCACUUCAGUUUUAGAGUGAAAAUAUUGGGAGAAAAGCAAAUACGGGGGAAGAUGGGGGCAGCAUGUGAGUAAAUACUACAGUUCAGUCUCCCAACUCCGUCCCAGGUUGAGGGGGUAGUUUGAGUCCUGUGCUCUGCUUUGUCACGUAAAUCUGGUUUAGGAAUGUACUAGUAAUAAAAGGAUGCCAGUGACUUUGAACAGUUUGUUGUAGAAUUCUCAGUGUAGAUUCGUGAAAGUGUUGUAAUUCUUCAGAAGUGCUUGGGUUGUUGGUCAUUGCCUUAAAGCGGUCUGCUUGCAGUUAGUUAAGGGCACUGCUUGUUGAAGGGAGAUGAGCCCUUGUUCAAGAAGCCUUAGGAAGGGGCCCCUUAAAAUAGUACUCUAUUUGCCGGCUCUACACAGACAGGUGAAAAUUAUUUUAAACUGGAAGUUACUCAACGUGUUUUAAGAUGUCUCCACGACAUUGAGGUAGCCUUUUUUUUUUUUUUAAAGUGGACUGCAAAUAGCAUUUUGCUCUGGUAUUGCUCAUUUCUACUUUUUUUCUUUUCCUAUAUUUCUCUGGUAAUUGAAAGUUUGUUGACGAACAUUUGUGUAAAACUCAUUCAAGUCUAUAACCUUUCCAAUGUCUGUGACCCUGUUCUUAGUCCCUCGGGAGUCAGUGUUGGAAGGUAUAAACACUGGAUAUUAUUAUUGCUGAGUGAGUCUAGCCAGGAAUAAGCUGAUUGGAAUUUUUAAACAGAGGAAAAGAAACAGCACAAAGGCACUUGCCAUUUUAUAGUGAUUGGAGGAAAAGAGUCUUUUGUUUGGGGUGGGUGAGCGUUCUUCCAAAAGGAGCUUCUGAAGUAAUUGCAAAGGAAAAGAGUUGACUAUUUUUAUAGCAUAUUUAAUAUAUUUGUAUAUAACUAUGAAUAUAAUAGGAACCCUUCACAUGCCUCCCCCCUUUUCUAAUUUACUUCCCCUUUUGCCAUAGCUCUAGCUUAGCCUCAUCCGCAUGGGUAACGUGCCUAUUGUCAGCCUACCAAGAGAUAGUGCUGCUGCUUUCUGAGACAGGUGAGAAGACCCAACUCUCAUGCCUGGGGAUCCUUUAUAUAGGAAUAGCACACACUUCGCAGACAACACACCACAGUCUAAAAGCAUCAUUUUGAAAGGUAACAAGCACUUUAUUGCAAUUACUCAUUUUGAUAAAGUUUAUUAUCUUAGAUACUACCAUUUCUAAAGGAUCCCCGAAUCAUCACUUAGGUGAAAUUUUUAAAUGACACAUUUCUGAGAAAUGUUUAGAUCCAGUGAACCAUAGUAGGUUUAUGGGAGUGAUUUCAUGGUAGCCAAAUGAACUUUGACUUUUGUUUUGAAUGUGGUGGAGUCAAGAGACUGUGGAUGCCUAGCUCCAUUUAGACACUAUUGUAAACCUAUCUUGCCUAAUGUGUGGACACCAAAAGAGACCAAUGAGCCUGUUUAUUUUCAGAGGUCUAGGAGAAUUGCAUCAGUGUGAAUAGAUGUAUAGAACUAACCUAAAAGUGAUUGGUAGUCAUAUUUUAGAAUACAGUAAUUUCAAGAAUUAUUCUGGGUGUUUUAAAUGUGCUCUGAAAUGUUGGCAUGUCAUUUCAGUGUUUCCAUUUGAAUUGCUCUUGUAAUAUUUUUGCACAGAAAGGACUGAGAAAGACUACUUUGGUUGAAGAAAAGGAAAAAUAAUAAUAAUUUGGUCAUAUUUUAAUGUCUCCUGUGGAAACACUGGGGAUGAAUUUUGUUGGUACAGUUAUUAAUUCAGGAUGUUUGAAACAGUAUUGAACAGCUCACAAGAAACUAAGCAAACGUGGAUAUUAAAAAUUAAAACUUUCUUUCCAUGUGACUGUUUUGCAUACUUUUUCCCCAUGUCAUAAUUUAACACUACAUUCCUUGUUUUUGUUAAAUAAAAUAAUACUUUGCAGGUUCUGUUUUUGAGUAUUUAACAAUAUUUUGUAAGCUGCCUGAGUUUUCCUAGGUAAACGUUCUUUAGUGAAAUAGUUUAUGAAGAGGUAUUAAGUGAAAGUCCAUCACCACCACCAGCAAAUACUGAGGUGCUGCAUUAAGUGACAAUCAAAAUAGUAUUUAUGGGAGAAUUUAGAAAGUGGUUUUUAAAGAAGCAAUUGCUUUGAAAGCAGUUCUCUGGGUUUCUUGAAUAAAAAUGGCUAAAUGUAUUUAUUUAUAUUUUUAAAUAUCUUUGUGUUCUGUUUUCUCAUCAGAGUGAUUUCACAGCGUAUUUAAUUGUGGUUUGUUUUGUUUUGCCUUGUAAUCUUCUAUGUGGAGGACUGGCUCUUCCCAUCUGGGGUGCAGUCCUUAGCCCUCGCGACGCCUCUUCAUGGCGAUUGGAACCUGUUCCACUUCAGGACAGCAGUGGAGCCCCAGUCCAGAUGCCCCUGUGCUUCCCUGCUGUUCUCAACUUAGAUAGGAAACAGUAAAGGUAACUCCUUUCAAAUCUGCUUCAUAUAGCUCCAAGUUUUUUCUAGUUUCACUUGCUGCCUUUUCUAUUUUAUGGGCACUUUUAAUAUGAUAACUUCCCCAACACAGCCAAACGCCAGUAUGACAGAACCCAAAACACGCGCUGCCUGUUUGGGAAAAUGUUAUUAAAACGGUCAGCAUCUUCUAAUGGCCGUCACUAUCAUAUCCAUAUUAAAAUCCAUCUAAAGUCCUUAAAUAUAGGUGGAAUACUGCAAACUCUUCUACAGAAAACAUUUGCUGUGUUUAUAUAGUGUAGUGUUGCUUGGUCCUUUAAAAACAAAGCCACACCAAACCUCCAUACACAGCAUUGUCCAAUAAAGCAGUGUUUCAACAUUUGAGGCCUAGAAAUUUGAGGAUACUUCUUGCUGGUCUGUAUUGGAACAGAAUUCCCCACCUUAGGGCUCCCAGAGUAGUUCUUGAGUCCCACAGCCCAGGUCCAGAGCACGCUCUAGCUUUUGGGAUCCCUUAGAGAAUGGUAAUUAAAGGAGGUCAACCACCAGUUGGAUUUAAUGAUAUAAAAAAUGUUUCUUGACUCUAAGGGUUAAAUUGGAGACACGAUGUCUUUAAAUGUAUGCUUUUUAGUUUCUGAGGAAACAAACGGUGACAUUGCUUUAAAAACUACAUUCAGAUGUUUUAUGAUGUGUAUUUUGAGUUGGCCUAUACUGGUACAGAUUCACUGCUGGCAAUGGUUGUACCAAUACUAAAGAGUUCAAAUGUUAGGAAAGCUCUGUUAUCUAUCUUCAGAUUGAUGUAUUAUGUAACCGGACAAUCACCAUCAAGCAAAAAGAAGAGGAAUCCUUUUCCUUUAUAGAUGUCAGCCAGAGCAGCUGUAAUUUAGAUCAUCCUAGAAUUAUUCUGAAGUCUGUUUUAUCAUAUGGUGUAAGUCGGGGAGGGUGCUCAGUAUGGCACUUGCACAUUCAUUCUAUGUAAAGACUGAAGCCCAAAGACGAGCUAAAUUCAGUGCUGUAUUGAAACCAGUCAGUGCAAAAAAAAAAAAAAAGUUUUAUCUCUGUAAAUUUUUAAUUGUUAAUUUAACAUCAGUUGGUAAUUGUAAAAACACACACCAAAUUCUUUCUAAUGUUCUGUGUGGUUCUUAGUGUACUACUCUUGACAUUGAUGUGUCCUUACUGCUUGGUUCUUGGUUUUAAAUUAAAAUUAGAUAUAGCCUGUCAUUCUUCCUUCUGAAAGGGUGGAGCUAUAAAUGGCUAAGAAUACCUUUUUUUUCCUAAAGCAAACAUUUCAUUGAAAUCCAGAUUGAUUUACAAAAACAAGACUGACAUUUUCCAAGUAAUAACUUCAGCCCAAAUCCUAAAUUACACAGAAGCACAAUGGGAUAAUGAAUGGUUUCAACGGUGCUAUAAUAGGUUCUCUGCUGAUUUUCAUGAGCUAUGUUUGGAAAUUCAAUAUUAUAUAAAAUGCGGAUCAUUUUGUUACUUAUUUAAAUAUUGCCAUUUUAAUUUGGUGUUACAAUUGGUCACACUUGUUUCUCAGAGCUGUCCUUUGAGAACAGGUAAAGUGUUAUUAGCCUACCUCCACUCAGGCCUCUUGCUGUAUAAUCAUUUUUCCAGGUUAUGAUGUGCACAGUUUAUAAAAACUAUAUGUACUAUUAUAAUGCUCUUUCCCAUACUCUUGUAUUCAGAACCUAAAAUUAUAGCAAAAGAGCCAAGCAGUAGCAUUGAGUUUUUUUUUAUAAAUGUAAAAUUAAUUAGAUUCAGACUUUGUUUCCUUAUUCAGUUUUAAAAAUAAAAAAUACCUCAGUGCUGUUUUCCAGUAUCACCUGCAUUUCUCAAAGAAAUAACACCUGCUUUAUGUGGCACAUAACUUGUAAGAAUCACAUUAUUUUGGAUUUUAAAGAAUAUUAAAUAUUUUAAAAGCACUACCAAUGACAUUUUUUCCUCUCUUUUAUUCAGCAAUGGAGUGUAACUGCAUUAGCAAUUUUUACCUUGUAGCUAAGGUCUGAGCUGCCAAAUUCUCUGAGUAGUUGUGUCCUGUUACAAGAUUGUGGUGCCUCAGAAAGCUUCGCUGUUAUUCGCCGUUAAGCUGGUGCUGGGACCAGGCGGCCUGCACUUCCAGGUGUGGGCUAUGAUGGUACCAGCUACUUUCUAACAAGGAAGUAUCCUUUCUAUUCUUGGAAAAGAAAUAAUGCAAUGCCUCACUUAUUCUGUUUGUAAUAAUCUAAGGCAGUAUUAGGGGUAUUUAACUCCAGAGAAUUCUGGUGUAGUUUCAGGAUUUAACCUGAGAUUUCUUUGAAGUGCUUUAUCUUAACUCAUGGACAUUGUGGUUUCUUUACGCUGUAACACACACUUUUCAUGGUAGAGAACUCCUUAGAAGUUUCUAAAAAUGACUUUUUCAGAAAUAUGUGAACUGCUGCUUUUUAACUGACGCUUUUAGAUCUCCUCACAGUAAUGGUUACUACUGCAGAAUGACUGCUGUAUUGAGAAUGCUGGGUGAUUAACGAGAUUAUUUCACAAUCUGUUCAAGUUACAAAUGACUGUACAUUGUGAACUUUGUAGUAGCUCAGUAAACCUGACUUGCUCUGGGUCUGCUAUUACUUCACACAAGGAACAUGUGGGAGUUUCUAUAGAACAACUGUCCCUUCAGGUCUCUAGAGGCUUCUGAUGGCAGUGUUAUUGCAUAUGGUAACAGAGCCUAUGAGGCUGGGAGAAAACAGUUAUGCUGCUUGGACGGAACAGUUAGUACUCAAGUUAGAAGAGACUUACUUAAAUGACAGUGAUUACUGAAGUUGCUAUGAUAACAUGAGGUGCCCUUCACCAUAAUCGGUGAUUAUGGUCUCUAGAAGUAAACUGGCUUGACUCCCUGCUCUACCAUGUAACCCUGGAUGAGUUAACCCUUUUUUUUAACUUUUUAUUAGUAGCUACUCCCUCACAGAACUGUGUGAAGGUUAAGACAGUGCUUUAGAACAAUGCUUUGCUACUGUUUUUUAUAUCAGCUUUAGAAACUGGUCUAUAAAUGUUAAUGAUUUGAUAAAUUAGAGUUAUGAACUUGCAUAACACACAAGGAAAAACAAGCACUGGUCAUAACACUUUUUUAUUUAUGUUGUAUCUUUGUUACAUUGUUUAUUCAAUAUAGAAAAAAUAUGAAUACACUCACGGUAUUCUCUUUUAAUUUGGUAAUUCCACAUGGUCAAAUAUUGACUGACUGUUAUUAUAUUGGGUUUCCUACCCAAUUGAAAAAAAGAAUGGACCUGGCAGACAAUUCUUGUCAUGUUAUUAACAGUAAUACAUUUCCCUUGCUCUUAAAAAAAACAUACAAACAAAAACCCUAAUUUUUUUUUUUUUUUGCGAUACACAGGCCUCUCACUGUUGUGGCCUCUCCCGUUGCGGAGCGCAGGCUCAGCGGCCAUGGCUCACGGGCCCAGCCGCUCCGCGGCAUGUGGGAUCCUCCCGGACCGGGGCACGAACCCGUGUCCCCUGCAUCGGCAGGCGGACUCUCAAUCACUGUGCCACCAGGGAAGCCCCAAAAACCUAAUUUUGAAAAGACUUCUGAUUAUUCUGAUAAACCACUGCUUACUGGCUCAGGAAAAUGUUUUAAAAGAUAGCUAGAUGAUAGAAAUUAAUUCAUUCUUUCCCCCAGGAAAAAUUUUAAGGUAAACAAACGUCGUAAAACACCUCAGUUAUUCAGGACAAAACUCAUAGUCCUUGCAAAGGGGUCAGUGCUGAAAGAGAAUCAAGUGGCAGGCCCCCUGCCGAACAAUGGUUCUCUAUAUACUACCCUCACCUCGCCCCGGCCAAGAAAAGGAGACCAUAUUCACAUAAUUAAGCUGGAGAAAAGAAAAAAUCCACACUUAGAUAUCAGUUGUUUUUUUUUUUUUAAAAA